AUGACGGCUAGGGUUCCCGAGGGCGAUCUUAGGGUUCAGGGUGAGGAAGAGCGAGAUGCUACUAUGGAAGAUAUCGGAGAGAAGGGAAGACCGCCAGGGGAGCCACCAGAUGUCCCUGGUUCCUGGGUAAGGAAAGUAAUAGGGUGUAACGUGGGAGGGAUGCCUGUUCCGGAGGAGGUUGUGGUAGAGGAGUUUGUAGAAUCGCGACUGAAGUUGGAGUUUCCGAAUGGAGAAGAUGGAGAACCGGUGAUAACGAUAGGGGAGGAGGUGCUGACGGCGAUGAAUAGUCUAUGGAAGAGAUGCAUGAUCGUUAGGGUUCUGGGGAGAAACGUUCCUCUCUUAAGCUUGAGUCGGAAGCUAAAGGAGUUAUGGAAACCGAAAGGGUCGAUGUUUGUGAUGGAUCUCCGUGGGCAAUUCUUCAUGGUGAGAUUUGAGUUGGAGGAAGAGUAUAUGGCUGCCCUAGUAGGUGGACCAUGGAGGACAUUCGGGAGUUAUCUUAUGGUACAAGCAUGGUCUCCUGAAUUCGAUCCGCUGAAGGAUGAGAUAGUCACGACGCCAGUUUGGGUGCGUUUAUCGAAUAUCCCAGUGAACUUUUACCAUAAAACAAUUCUGAUGGGAAUUGUGAAAGGAUUAGGAAGAUCGAUUAAAGUUGACCUGACAACUUUAAACUUUGAGAGAGCUAGAUUUGCCAGAAUCUGCAUGGAGAUUAAUCUCCAUAAACCAUUGAAGGGGACAAUAAUGAUAAAUGGUGAGAGGUACUUUGUCUCAUAUGAGGGAAUUUCAACUAUUUGCUCGACAUGCGGUAUGUAUGGACACCUAGUUCACGCAUGCCCAUGGAAUAGUACCGCAGUAACAGGGAAUGAGACGGACUUUACACCGGCGAGACAGACAAGGAGAAAGGCUGAGCAACAAAGGAGUACAAGGAGUUCUAUGAGAAGUAAUGAUGGGAGAGCCAUGAUGGGGAGUAAGAUAAGAGAAGUACGUAAUGCGGAUGUGGCAAAGGAAGUAACGGUGUCAAAUAGAUUCGGAAGUUUAGGUGAGGUAGAGGUGACGGAGGUACGAGAGGAUGAGGAGGGAAGUAAUGAAGAGAAUAAAGAAAAUGAGAACAAUGUGAACAUACGGUUGGGAGAUUCGAGUGGAACGCGUGUGGAAGUGAUGACCUUUGGUUUAACGGGGAACAAAGGAAAUCAGUUGUUUACUCGAGUGGGCUCUAAAGAGAAGAAGACAAGUAAUAUGAGAAACCCAAAUGUCCAAAAGCCCAAAUCGAAAGUUAUUGGGCCAACGCGGGGACUUGUUUUUGGUCCAACCAGAGGUGAAAUCGACAUGUCGGUGAACGGAAAACGUUUACGAGUUGAGAAGGAGAGUCUCGGCAGACCAGGUGGUGUUUUCGCCGGAGAUGGGGACUCAGCUGAGAAAGAGAGUCAGUUGGGUCUUGCUGGGGAACAGAGGAGCACGGGAAAAGAGAGCUCACUCACUGAUGAUUUGGAUCCUCAUAUGGAUCAAGUGGGAGAGGCCCUGAAGAGUAUGGAGGCAUAA